AUGGAGGAUUCAGGCGAGAAGAUGUGGUCUUCAAGCGGCAAGGGGUUGGACGGAUUCACUGAACCAGAUGCAGACCCUGGCUCUGGGAAAUAUGGCAAACAGACUGGCCUGCUAGCAUGGCAGGCUUCGAUCUACUGGUUAUGGCAUGAAAGGAACACGAGACUGCACCGCCAAGUCUUCUGCUCCAUGGACUCAAUCAACACUCAGAUUGAUCGGCAAAUCAGAAACAAAAUAGCGGGGUUUAGAGACCCGACGCUAGCUUCUAAGCUUUUGCAGCUUUGGCUCUCAAUGGAGCCAGCGAGAUGA